AUGCCUCCCCCAACCCCAGCAAACCACGACAUCUUCGACCCGUGGAACUCCUCCGCAACAGGCCACCAGCGGGCCGAAAACCCCUACUCCAACACCACCAGCUGGCGCGAGACCCGGCGUGCAAAGCUUGCCAUCCAGUUCGCAGGCGAUACUACCAAGACCAACGGCGGAAGUGGAAAUGGAGGUGAAGGGAGAGGGGACUGGAAAUGGCUCUCCGCCGCGGAGGCCUCCCGCAACCAGCUCGGAUGCAGGGAUAUCCGGACGAUGAUGGGGACGACUAGGAAGCGUGCUUCUGCUUCUGCUUCUGCCGCCGACGAACACGUAACCGGAGGGAAAUGCAAGAAGGGGAAGACGGAGACGGAGACGGAUAUACUUGACACACAGACCGAACCCGAACCUGAAACCGAAGCCGAAGCUGAAUCCAAACCACAGGAUGAUGAAGACGAAAGUGGGGAGAAGAAGAGGAAGAUCCUCACCGGAACAACGAUCUACAUCAACGGCUCGACAAUGCCUCAUAUCUCAGACCAUCGACUCAAGUCGCUUCUUGUCUCGCACGGCGCGCAGGUCGCCAUCUCCCUGGCGAGGAGGAGCGUCACGCAUGUUAUCGUUGGGAAGCCGAAUGCGGGGCCUGCUGGUCGGGCUGGGGCCGGGGGAGGGCUCGCGGCGGGCAAGUUGCAGAGAGAGAUUAGCAGGGGCGGGUGGAGGGGUGUGAAGGUUGUUGGGGUUGAGUGGGCGUUGGAGAGUAUCAAGGCGGGAAAGAGGCUUUCGGAGGGGCGCUUUGCGAUGGUUUUGGCGCCGGGUGGGCAGAGGAGUGUGAUGGAAAUGUUUCCACGGGUAUGA